AUGGAUAUUUUUGACAUAAAUCAAGCUGCUGGUUUGGACCUGUUUGAAGGAGACAUUAAAACUGAUCAGAAAAAUGCAAGAAACACAAUCAUUGGUGAUAAAUACAGGUGGCCACGGACAGUCCCAUACUACCUAGAAGACAGUCUUGAAAUUAAUGCCAAGGGUGUCAUACUGAAAGCAUUUGAGCGCUACAGGCUGAAGACAUGCAUUGAUUUUAAGCCAUGGGCUGGAGAAAAGAACUAUAUUUCUGUAUUUAAAGAUAAUGGAUGCUAUUCAUAUGUUGGAAACCAAGAGUGGGGAAAACAACCGCUUUCUAUUGGAUCAGGAUGUGAUAUUGUUGAAACAGUUCAACAUGAGUUCCUCCAUGCUUUGGGAUUUCAUCAUGAGCAAUCACGAUCUGACCGCGAUGACUAUGUGACCAUUGUGUGGAACAAAAUCCAGCCUGGCAAAGAACAUAAUUUCCAAGCCUAUGAUGAUAGAACCGUAAGCUCUCUAAAUGUUCCUUAUGAUUACACCUCUGUAAUGCAUUACAGCAAGAACGCAUUCCAGAUUGACAAUGCGCCAACAGUUAUACCUAAGAAUCCUCAGUACAAUAAUAUAAUCGGCAACCAAAUGGAUUUUGGUGAAAGUGAUGUGUUGAAGUUAAACAGACUGUAUAACUGCUCAUCCUCUCUUACCUUCCUGGAUUCAUGCAGCUUUGAACGUGAUGACAUUUGUGGUAUGCUGCAGAGUUCAAGUAAUACUUCUGAUUGGCAGCGUGUUACUAAAGUUCCAAGUGGUCCAGGUUCUGAUCAUACAUUCCUAGGAAAAGACACUGGAAACUUCAUGCACUUCAGCACUAGCACUGGUAACAAUGGGAGUCAUGCUAGACUUGAAAGCAGAUUGUUCUACCCAAAGAGGGGAUACCAGUGUCUGGAAUUCUUCUACUAUCACAGUGGUAGUGAAAGUGACCAGCUCCAAUUUUGGAUUAAAGAAUACACAACUUUGUACCCCAAUGGCAUUCUGAAAUUUGUAGACUCUGUAUCUGGCAAACCCGCUGAUUACUGGAAGCCUCAUUUUUCUUCAAUAAAUACAACAAACAAGUUUAGAUUUGUGUUCCAAGGAGUAAAAGGAGGUGGAAAUUCUGCUGGGGGCAUCUCUAUUGAUGACAUCAACUUGUCUGAAACUCGGUGUCCUCAAAAUGUUUGGCACAUCAGAAACUUCAGUCAUAAUUUCACUAAGGAUUUUGUAAUGAGCCCUCCAUACUACUCUAAUGAUGGCUAUGCUUAUCAGAUUGGGCUAUGGUCGUAUGCUACUCGAUAUUCACCAUAUAACCUUGCUGCAUACCUAUAUCUGAUAACUGGAGAGAAUGAUCGGACCCUCCAAUGGCCCUGUCCUUGGAGGCAAGCUACAGUAGAGUUCAUGGACCAAAACCCUAACAUUCAGCAGAGAACAUCGAACAUGAAGAGUAUUACAACAGACCCAAAUGAAUUAUCAGAUUCCAACAAAUUGUUAUGGGAUAACCCUGCAUUGGUAGGAGGUCUCUCAUCAUUCCCAAAUGGAACCAAUUACAGACGGACUGGAGGGUAUGGGCAGUUCAUGUUUACAGCUGAAGAAUGGCUUUACAGAAGAGACUUCCUAAAAGGAGGAGAUGCUUUUAUUCUCAUAUCCAUGGAAGAUAAUUCCCAGCUAACAAAGAUACAACCAACGCCAACACCUCCACCUCUUACAACUCCACCACCCAAUGUGCCUGUACUGUGCAGACAAAAUAUCUGUUUGAAUGAUGGAAUCUGUGUUGUAGAAAAUCUACAAUCAGUGUGCAGGUGCAAAACGUCUGGAGAUCUGUGGUAUGUAGGUGACAGAUGUGAAAAGGAAGUCAAGAACAAAGGCAAUACAGUGGUGAAGCUAGACAUUCUGUCACCCGUGGCAAAAACUCAGAGUUUUUGCACAAACCACAUCCCCUGCCCCCACCCCACACUUCUGGGCUCUUCUUCUUUUGUCCCUGUCGCGUCCCUCCUGGUCCACCACAGAGGAAAAUAUUCCUAA